AUGGCCAAGGCCCCGCCAUCACCUUUCAAAGUUCUUCGUAUACAUAACGUCCAGAUCAACACCCUGCAUUUCUCUAAUGAAAACGAGUACCUGGUUGCUGGAGAUAGCUCUGGUAGAGUCAGCAUAACAUCGACAAGAACAUUUCGGCCUAUUGCGGACUGGAAUGCUCAUACAGAUAGCGUCUUGGGUGUGCAAGAGUGGGGUGGUAUGAUACUUACGCAUGGUCGUGACAAUAAACUCCAUUUUUGGAACUUAACUCCACCUGCGCCUCUUCUUACGGAUGCAGCUAGCACACCUAAUCUCUCGGCACCUAUGCUCGCCUCGUCCAUGGAUGUUAAUGCUUUAAACUACUGCCGCUUUUCUUUGUAUCCUACCCAGUCAGAUCCACCUAGAGCCUUGCUCGGACUUCCAAAUUUGAUCGAAUCUGAACUUGUUGAUAUUUGGGAUCUUCCAGGGAAGACCAGGCUACAUGCUGCGAUUGGAACGAUCAAAGGUGCUCCUCCGAGAACGCCAUUCUCUGACGAGGGUCGUGAUAUUUACAAGACAGGAAUCGUCAUGUCACUUCAUGUUUCCCAGACAGAAUUGUACAUGCGUGUCCUAGUUGGCUAUGAAAGUGGGAAUGUCACGCUUUGGAUUCGUCGGCUAUCCGAUAGCCCACGAUCAAUUGAAGGAAAUGGAUGGAACAGCGUUUGGAAUGUGAAAAAUCACCUGGAAGCAGGAAAUGGUGCCGUAGCAUUCCGUGCUGAUGGCCGCGUGUUGGGUGCUGCCGGUUGGGAUGGUGCAGUUAGGCUAUACUCGACUGGUCUUCGUCGAACAGAUGAGGCCGGGAAAGGUAUAGUCAUCGAUCGGAGCCGAAAGGUACGCAGCCUCGGGACGCUAGAGCAUUUCAAGGAGAGUUGUUUUGCUAUGGCUUUUGCGAAUGAAUUACUCGAAGGAGUGGGUAAUUUUAGAUCGAUCAAAGACGAAGACAACAUGUCUCUGGACGCACUUGAAGAUCGCUCUAAAUGGCUGGCUGUUGGAGGGAAAACUGGACGCAUUGCGAUUUGGGAAUUGGACUCGUUUGAAAAGCGCUGA